AUGAACGUUCCAGAUCGUGUCGAGGCUGUCGCUAAACACAGACUGUGUCGAAACUGUCUGCGUCCAGGACAUUACGCAAAUUCCUGCGAGAGAGGGGUCUGCCGUCAUUGUCAACAGAAGCACCAUUCCAUGCUGCAUGGACCAACCAGAUCCUCCGUUCCACACUCGCAGCCGAAACCUCCGACACAAGACGAGCAAUCGCGACCGCCGAAGGCUAAGCAACACAAUUCGAACCAACACACACACACCACCACUGCCAGCUCGCAGCGCACAAACAACACACCUCCAGCCACCAACACGCCCACCACAAGUCAAAAUUAUGUCGCACUCCCCAUCACACCUACACACAACAUACUUCUGUCUACCGCUCUCGUUACAAUCAAAGAUCGUUUUGGUAGAGCGACGCUGGCACGAGCCCUGCUAGACUCGUGUUCCCAGCACUGUCUAAUGACUGCCAGUUUUGCGAGCAAGCUACAGUUCCGUGAGACUCCUACGUAUUUGUCGGUUCAAGGGAUUGGAUCAGCUCGAUCGGUUUCCACCAAAUUAGUUAGUGCAGAGGUCGGUCCUAGGUCUAGGAUCAUUUCGCCAUUCACUGAAGAGAUGCAGUUCCAUGUGCUGCCAAAGCUGACUGUGUUACUUCCGACGACGAGUUGCAAUCCGGCCGAGUGGGAUCUUCCGGAUUCGACGUUGAUAGCCGAUCCCAGUUUUCACGAGCCUGGUCCGGUCGAUUUGAUUAUCGGAGCUGAAUAUUACAUGGACUUGCUGAAAGAUGAACGACAAAAGGCUACACCAUCAGGACCGACUCUGCAGAAUACGGUGUUUGGGUGGAUAGUCUCGGGAAGAGUUCCCAACAGUACAAAUAGCGAGCGAUGUUCACUGGUUCACGUGUGCUCGACGGCGGAACUCGAAGAGCAGCUCACCAGAUUUUGGGAAUUGGAGACCUGUCGAACCGCCAGCACCAAUUCCGUCGAAGAAACCACCUGCGAACAGUUUUUCAAGGAGACUACAGUAAGAGACGAGAAUGGCAGAUUUGUUGUGGCCCUGCCAAAGAAGGAAUACGUUAUCAGCAAAUUGGGAGAUUCAAGGGCAACUGCUCUCAAACGGUUCAUGGGACUCGAACGACGAUUUGCAGCUAACCCAGACCUGAAGACGCUGUAUUCCCAGUUUAUACACGAAUACCAAACUCUCGGCCACAUGAAAGAGGUCAUCGAUGAUACCGCCGCAGGAAAGACAUUUUAUUUACCGCACCACGCUGUUCUAAAGCCGGACAGUACCACCACGAAACUCCGAGUAGUUUUUGAUGGCUCUUGUCGAACAUCUACGGGCAUUUCUUUGAACGACGGCUUGAUGGUCGGUCCCGUUGUUCAGGAAGACCUCCUCAGUAUCACGUUACGCUUCCGUAUCCACCGAUUUGCAAUAGUAGCCGACAUCGCCAAGAUGUACCGAAUGGUUCGAGUUCAGGAAACGGAUCAACCGCUACAACGGAUCUUGUGGAGAGAUUCUAUCGAAGAGCCAAUCCGUACUUUCGAAUUGACGACCGUUACGUACGGUACCGCGUCUGCGCCUUAUCUGGCCACAAAAUGCCUGCAAAGUUUAGCCGAUGAAGGAGAAGAAACGCAUCCAGAUGCUGCUAAGGUGCUCAAGCAGGACUUCUACGUGGACGAUAUGCUCUCAGGUGUAGACGACGUGAAGGAUGGAAGGAAGUUGAUCCAACAGCUGGUCGAGCUUUUACAGUCAGCAGGAUUUUCACUUCGCAAGUGGAAUUCCAACAGUAAGGAGCUCCUACAGAACGUGCCUGAGCAGUUGAGGGACGAUCGGUCGAUCCUAGAGUUAGAUUCGUCUAGUUCAACCAUCAAAACGCUAGGACUUGUGUGGGAACCCAGUACGGACAGCUUUCGAUUCACUAUUCCAACCUGGAACUCCGCGGCUGUAAUCACCAAACGAAUAGUGCUCUCAGACGUCUCCCGACUGUUUGACCCAUUAGGCAUCGUGGGGCCUGUUAUUAUUCAAGCAAAAAUAUUCAUCCAAGAUUUAUGGAAACAAGAGUGUUCUUGGGAUGAACCUCUCCUGCCAGAGCUACAGGAAUACUGGCAAGAGUAUCGGAGAAACCUUGCUGGUUUGGAUAGCCUCUCUGUUCCUCGGUGGGUUGGAAUAUCUAGCAACAUUGUAGCAGAGGAGCUACAUGGGUUUUGUGACGCCUCUGAAGCAGCUUACGGGGCCUGUAUUUAUAUUAGGACAGUUACAGAGACUGGAUCUGUAUCAGUGCGGCUGUUGACAUCCAAAUCGCGGGUUGCUCCACUUGAAAACCUGAAGAAGAAAAAGAAAAGGCAGUCCAUACCUCGCUUGGAAUUGUCGUCAGCACUGUUGCUCGCUCACUUGUACGAAAAGGUCGUACAAAGUCUCCGCAUCUCCGUUAGAUCAUUCUUUUGGACGGAUUCGAUGAUCGUUAAGUGCUGGCUUUCGUCAUCGCCAUCAAGAUGGAAGCAAUUUGUCGCUAAUCGAGUCUCCGAGAUCCAGCAUAUCACGAAGGAAGGUACCUGGAAUCACGUCGCAGGUGUAGAAAAUCCAGCAGAUUUAGUCUCGCGUGGGAUGAUCCCAGCACAGCUUCAGUACCAAUAUGUUUGGUUUGACGGACCUCGCUGGUUGCUAUUGGAAGAAGCCUAUCGCCCUCAGCCCCGCCAGAUUAGAGAAGAAGACAUUGCAUCAGCUGACUUGGAGGAGAAAACCACCACGUUAGUCCUUCAGGCAAGCACUCCCAGUGAGAUCUUCAACCUACGAUCGUCACUGUCGGAGUUAGUUCGCAUUACGGCUUAUAUUCGCCGUUUCCGGUUCAACGCACAAGCUGUUAACCGCAACUGUAGAAGGUAUGGGCCGAUCACAUCGUCUGAGCUCGACGAUGCACUGCGAGCAUUGGUUCGGCUUGCGCAAGAAGAAAGCUUUCCACAAGAACUUGCUGAUUUGUCCAAGCGAACCCACGUGCGGGACUCGUCGCGCAUUGUGUCACUAAAGCCGAUUCUCAAUGAAGGCAUGAUGUGUGUUGGCGGCCGGUUACGACAUGCAUCAGUUUCACCGAAUCGCAAGCAUCCGUACAUUCUCGACCCACAUCACCCGCUGACGAAAAUCGUAGUUACUCACUACCAUCGGAAACUAUUUCAUGCGGGACAGCAGCUGUUAAUUUCGGCAAUGCGAGAGCGAUUCUGGCCAGUGUACACCAGGAACUUGGUGCGACAGGUAAUCCACGAGUGCGUCGCUUAUUUUCGAGUUCGACCAAAGGUUCAUGACCAGAUUAUGGCUGAUCUCCCGGCUGAAAGAGUAACUCCCUGUUCGCCGUUUCAAAGAGUCGGAGUUGAUUACUGCGGACCAUUUUCAGUGGUCUAUCCACAUCGUCGUUGCCGGCCUGUAAAAUGUUUCGUCGCAGUCUACAUUUGCCUUACUACCAAGGCGAUACACUUAGAGAUAGCCGCGGAUCUUACGACGCAGGCCUUCCUAGCAUCGUUGAAGCGCUUCUCGGCUCGACGUGGAAAACCCGAGCUGAUAAUGUGUGACAACGCAAAGAAUUUUGUUGGUGCAAAACGAGAGCUGGAUGAACUUCGCAAGCUGUUUCACAACCAACAGUUCCAGAACACUGUCGCAAAGGAGGCGGCAGACGACAGAAUUGAGUUUCGGUUCAUUCCAGCACGUUCUCCUAACUUCGGCGGGCUAUGGGAAUCCGCUGUCAAAUCGUUUAAGACACUCUUCAAACGUACGAUUGGCUUGCAUACCUUGGUGUACGACGAAAUGCAGACAGUCUUGAUUCAGAUUGAGGCGAUUCUGAACUCACGACCGCUCACCCCCGUUAGCAACGAUCCAGACGAUUUUGAAGCUCUGACACCAGCACAUUUUCUAAUACAGCGACCCUUAAUGGCAAUUCCGGAACCAGAUCUUGGAGAGAUCCCGGAAAAUCGGCUGUCCGUCUGGCAAAAGGCACAGCGAUUCACACAGGUUCUGUGGAAAAAAUGGUCGACGCAGUAUUUGUCGAAUCUGCACAAUAGGACGAAGUGGACACGCCAAAGAGACAACAUACGUGUGGGCACUAUGGUUGUUCUCAAAGAAGAAAAUUUACCUCCGUUGAAAUGGCACCUAGCGCGUGUGACGGAGAUUCAAACAGGUCCAGAUGGGAAUGUACGAGUGGUUAAAGUACGAACAAAGGAUGGUAGCUACCAACGAGCAAUCUCGAAGAUAUGCGUGCUACCCAUCCGCGAUAAUAUUUCUUUACCAACCGAGGAGGACUAG